AUGAUCUACAAAAUCAAAACAUUCUUCCAGUGCACGUCUAUACUAUUAGAAUCUGACUGUUUCUUCAGACAGCACUUUGCGUGUACUUCUCUUCACAUCGAAGAAUACCUUGCCGAGAAGUAACGAGCCUGGUCAGAAGACAUGGAAUCAAAGACGCGUGAACAAGCUCAACUCGAUUAUAACCAGUUCUUCUACGCUAACGUGUGCCACGUUUGCAAACGGUUCGAUGAUAGCGGUUUUUUAAAAAAGUGCAGUGGCUGCAAGUUGAUCUUCUAUUGCAGCCAGGCACAUCAGAAGCAACACCGAGAGCAGCACAAAUCGCUAUGCAACGCCGUAAUUAAAGUUGGACGAACCUACAGCUUAAAAAGAUGUUCUGAAACACCGGCGGAGUGGCUUACUAUGAAGACGGACUUCAUGCGUCUAGUGUCAGAGACGUUAGGCCGUCCCCUUCACACAUACGAAAGGCACAUGUUCACGUUUCUAAAGGAGUGCGGCAUCUGCUAUGAACGGGAUGAGCGGAAGCUGAUGGAAUGUAGGACUUGUGUCUCCAGCUACUGUAAAUUUCACAUAGACAGUAAUCACCAUGAGUAUAUCUGCAAAGAUCUUGGAUUAUGUUAUCGUGUAUAUCUACACCGUAUAAAUGAGAACCGUUUUGCAAUUACGGAUAACUUUGCACUUGUUUCCAACACGAAUACGUUUGAAAUGAAGGACUUUAUAAAAACUAACAUAUAUAUACAGACUCGCACGGUAAUGCCCUACGAUAUCCUGGAAGCCGUAUAUUCCCCGUAUGUCACGUGUCCCUUAACGUUGUUUCAUGCUAUGCGAUUAUUAGACUAUGUCCCAGCAAACUCAAAAAUUCUAGUCGUUCAUGUUGUAGGCCCGAGUACGUUAGAAGAAAAUACUUUAGCAGGGUGGGGAGUCUUGCUACGUUUACUAAAAAUAUCGUCUCUGAUAAUUGUAAUGGUAGGGCCGGAAUUAAAACUGGAAUACUAUGAGUUGCCCGACUGGAUGUUGCAUGAGAAUGUAUGUAUAUUUGAGUUUCACAAGACGUUGUACGAGGACUACGUACGCAGCACGGCGUUCCUAAAACCGGAUUUCGUUGUAGGAUUUAAUGCGCAUAUUGACGAACGUAAUCUUGGGACUCCUGAAGAAACGUGGGCGUCAUGCAUACGUAUCAUAGCGAAUCUAAAGUGUCCGUUCGUUGUAACGUGUAGGUACACAUGUGAAUAUUUGGAAAACGAAGUUGAAAGAAUUAACACCAUCCUAAAUAGAAAGAUACACUAUAAGUAUAAAGGAAAGAAUCCAUUUGCUUGUUUACAACCGAUUAGAGUUCCUCUACCGCAGAAAGUGAUGUAUACGAAUCAAUAUGUAAUUAUCUACAGGAGUCUUUGUGAGAAACUAAAUGUAAUUCAACGAUUAAUGACUAACAAACUGUGGACUGCGUUGACGGAAAACAUGUAUCACGCCGGAAACGAAGGACAUAAGUGAAAUCGAUUUUAACGUUUAAGACACACAACGGAAAACAUGUAGAAUGUUCAUAUGAAUAGUCUACGAAAAUCGCGGCGUUUCUGCACGAAACAAAGUGAUCUAGACCAGACAUUCCACAGGGAACUGGCAUAUUCAUAAUCUCAAAAUUUUGGGAAUCAUUUUUUACACAUUGCAUUGUCGUAUAUUAGUAGUUUGUAAUGGAUUAUAUAUAUAACAACUCACACGAGGCGACAGUAAUUUAGUAAUAAGUACAAUUCUGUGACAAAGACAAGAUUUUGCAUCAAUUGUUUGAAAUAAAGUUUUAUAUCAUCAUAAUAAAUAUUGGGUAUGUACGAAUUUAUGUGAUAAUUUUUUUCACCGAUAGCUCUGAAAAUUCUUGUGUCACACGCGUGACAACUGUAUGGAACUAUUGUAUAUCUAUGACCAGGAAAUGGCAGUACCAGAGUGUUCCAGACACACCUGUAUCCUGACUUUUAUAUCGAAGGAGACCUUGUUGAAUA